ACCAUGACCCCUCUUUUCACCUCACCAGCUGACCGACCUGGUCAGUGUGAGAUCACUGUCUCCAACAUGGCCAUGCACUUUGUGACACUGCUCGUCGGUCUCUGUGGGCUGGCUGGGAACGGGGCUUUCCUCCGGCUCCUGCACGUUAAUCCCAACACCGACUUCGUCUUCAACCAGGCCAUCACCGACUUCCUCUUCCUCAUCAUCAUGGUUCCUUCCACCCUGCUCUUCCUUGUGGAGGAGGUUUCCUGCUCUGCUAUAAUGCCCCUAAUAUAUUUGAGCUUUCUUUUCUAUCUGUCGCUGUUCUCCUACACCAUGGGCCUGUACCGGCUGAUGUUUAUCAGCAUUCAGAGGUGCAGAUCCAUACUAUGCCUGUUUUUCUGUGGUUGCCAGCUUCCUGAACGCCUGGUGUUAGUGGCGAUGAGUGUCCUGUUCUGGGUCCUCCUGUUCGUUGUCACCGCUGUUAAUCCCACUGUGACUUCCCAGUGCCAGUCACACGAGCAGGAGCAAUGCCAGGUGGCUCUCACCUCCAUGUACGCCCUCAACCUCUUCCUAUUUGCUGCACCCAUGAUCAUUUCCAGCACAAUCCUCUUCAUUCAUCUCAAGCCUGGCUCCCAGCAGCAGCACAAGAGGCUUGACAUUGUUAUAGUCCUCGCUGCACUCUUCAGUCUGCCCCUCAGUCUCUGGUCUCUCCUGCAGCAGCUCGGUUACACGGCUGUGCCCUCCCAGGUGGUUUUCCUGCUCACCUGCAUCACCAGCAGCAUCAAACCCUUCAUCUACUUCUUGGUGGGAAGCUGGAAGAGAGCCUGCUCCAUGGGGAGCUGCUGGAGACAGUGCUCCAUGGAGAGCUGCAGGAAGCACUCCUCCUUGCAGUCCCUAAGGAAGGCGAUCCACAGGGUGUUUGAGGAGCCAGAAGAGAACAGAGCCCACAGAAAUGUUCCCUCUGUGGACACAGUGCUCUGAGCCUGUUGAUCCCUUCCACUGCACUGCUGAGGAACCCCGGGACAGUGGCUGAGAGAUUCCUUGAGUCUCCUGAUCAAUAAAUCCCCACAGGGUCACCCUCCCUGUGCUGGUGCAUCCCCAGCCCCUUUCCAGCCCGCUCUGGGCUCUGAUCCGUGCUUGGGAGGCCUCAGCCUUGAGGAGCAGCCCCUGGGCUCAGCUCCUCUGGCACUGAUCAGAAACACCCUCUGCUCCCAGGAGCUGCUGCUGUCCAACCACCUCCUGGGGUUUUAUCCACAGCCUUGGAAAUUACUGUGCUCCCCUGAAUGCCACAGCAUCCCUGCUCUCCCACUGUCACGGGAGCUGCCGGCCCCAAGUGUGGCCAGGGUGAAACAUGGCUGAGAGUGACGCCCAUCCCUUGGGGCCCUGGGAGCAGCGGCCCAAAAGGAGACCCUUGGAGCUCUCCUGGCCCAGCAGCGCUGAGCAGAAGCUCCCUGGCACUGGGGCCUCUCCGGGCUGGGAUCUCUCCGUCUGCUGCCCCUCGGCUGAUCCCCGAACGCCGACGGCUCCUGGGCCCAUCCCCCCAGGGCUCGAGGCCCAGCCCUCGGCACAGGGAGGAGAUGCCAAGGGAUCCACAGGGAGCAUUGCACUGCCUGCCAGGGGAAUUUCUCACAGGCACCUUGCACUGACUCUGUCUGUCUGUCUGUCUGUGUGUCUGUGUGCACACACGUCUGCAUCUGCCAUGGCAAAUGUGGCAGAGAUGCUGCUCUCUCAGGUGUGUUAGUGAUUAGAGAUUUUUGGAAUUCACUUGAGUUAGCAAUAAGAAUUUUUCAUUUAAAGUUUAGCCUGUAGAACUAUGUGUUGAAUUUUAACCCCUUUACUUAAGAAACCUCUGCCAUGGUAUAGAUGGCAUAGGAAAAUGCAAAUUUCUGAAGCUUCUUGCAUACAGAACAAUGCCAGAGGAGACCAAGGGUUGCAAAGAACCCAGAUAAAGGAGCUCCUCAGUCUCCAAGCUGAUCAAGGCCGACAGACACACUCAGAUAAGCACCAAGCGACCAAGAGCGCACACACAAAGGAGAAAAUUUCAAAAGUUCAGUCAUGAGGAAGACCAUGGCCUUCAGCCUCAGAGACCGCUGAGAGACCCCCGUGCGAGCACCACAGCAAACAACGCAUGCCCAGAAGGGCGUGGAUCUGAUUACCAUGAGAGGCGAGGACAGGCGGGGCCAGGCUUGAGUAUGCAUGAAAAAGUUGUGCAAUGUAUUGCAUAUGGAAUACCUUUGUGAAUAAAAAUGUGGGUCAGACUGAGGCUCGCGGCACAAGUUUUCAUGAGAGCUCUGUCGCUUGUGCCGGGCGCUGACAUACAUACCCACUUCAUAACUAUCUCUGGUUGGGGAGUUUAUUUAUUCUGCAUACUGCUUCAUUAGUACCUGAGACAUCUGACUGGGUCAGGCCUGGAAGGAACAAUCAGGCAUAAAUACGGGUUAAUGCGGCUAAGUGAUAUUCCUCUGCUGAAUUGUUCAGUUCAAGGCACAAAUGAAGUUAUACCUUAAAUUUAAAGAUAUAACUUGAGUUUGAGUGCCUUAAAACUUUUAGGCCAUUUUCCUUUUAAUCCUUACCCUCACUGUCCUUUUGUCACACCCUUGAACACACACACAACCACACACACAGGGACAGCACUUUGGUGUGCUGGUGCUUAAUAUUAAACCUGGUUUAAACUGA